GCGCAAGCCAAAGGGCCGCGUAAGUUCGUGAGCGAUUGGAUGUAUUUGUGGACGCUCUGUGGCGCCGCGACACUCCCUGAUUUAAUUUUUGUUUUCCGUUGGCUUCUCUGACUCCGAGGUUCUUUUUGACAAGAGGCAAAUUCGCCCAAUUUAGAGAAGCUUUGUGGAAGGAGCCCAAUGUGUUCAAGAAACUCCUUUCUGGCUCACUCUCCUGGAACUUUCCUGCAGGCAGAAGCAGUUUUCGGAUAGCUAAAACAGGGUAUGAAAAAGACAGCAUGAACUUUACCCCGACACAUCCCCCUGUCUCCAGAAAUGUUUCCUCCAGGUCCAUUGGUUCUGUGCGGUGGAGAGGAGUAUCUUUCUCAGAUUCAAUGGAGUCAACUCCUUUGCCUUCCAUUGAAGAUCGUCUGGCCAUCCUAUGCCCUUCCCAGGAACUUCUGGAAUAUUAUCAAAAGAAGAUGGCUGAGUGUGAGACAGAAAACGAGGACGUAUUGAAAAAAUUGGGACAAUACAAAGAAGCUUGUGAAGGACAGCAUAAACUAGAAUGGGAUUUGCAGCAGAGGGAGGAAGAGAUUGCUGAAUUGCAGAAAGCUCUUAGUGAUAUGCAGAUCUGCCUCUUCCAGGAGCGGGAACAUGUUUUACUCCUCUACUCUGAAAAUGACCGACUGAGAAUCAGGGAGCUGGAAGAUAAGAAAAAGAUUCAGAAUCUCUUGGCUCUUGUGGGAACAGACACUGGAGAAGUGACUUAUUUUUAUAAGGAGCCUCCCAACAAAGUCAGCAUUCCUCAAAAGAACAUCCAGGCUGUAAAUGUAUGUGAACCAAAUGAAUCCUCAACUUUCAAAGCAGUAAGUAAAAGAAGACCAGCAAUGAGAGAGACAGAAGAAAGUCCUGAGAGAUCCCAAAGAGACAUAGAGACACUUGUCUUACAGGUGGAGGCACUGCAGGCUCAGCUGGAAGAACAGACCAAGCUUUCUAGAGAACAGGUGGAAGGGCUCAUGGAGGAUAGACGAAUCCGCUUUGAGGAAAUACAAGUUCAGCACCAGAGAAAUCAGGACAAAAUCAAAGAGCUAACCAAAAAUCUCCAUCAGACCCAAGAACUGCUCUAUGAGAGCACCAAAGAUUUUUUGCAACUCAGAUUUGAAAAUCAACAGAAAGAGAAGUCAUGGAUGCUUGAAAAGGAUUGUUUGGUGUCAACAAUUAAGCAAUGCAGGGUGCAACAUAAGAAGAAAGAAGGAAAAAUUGAGAAAGUUUGGCCAGUUGUACAUGAGAGUCAUCACAGCCAAAAUGAAUAUAUUAAGUCCCUGAAGGAUAAGUUAAUACAAGAGAAAAAGCUGUCUAACAUGUACCAAGAGCAGUGCAUUUCCCUAGAAGAAGAACUUGCCCGAAUUCGUGAGGAAGAAGGAGUGAGGAGAGAGAUCUUCAAGGAUCGCACUAAAAAGAUGGGGAAGCGUUUGCAGGUAAUGACAAAACGCUAUGCAGCUUUGGAGAAUAGACGUCUAUUGGAAGUAGAAGGCUUUAAGACAGAUAUUAAGGCUCUCCGGCAGAAACUGAAAGACUUGGAGCAAAUGCUGUAUAAGACAACACUUAAUGCCCGGGGAGACCAGGACCUUGCCAUUCUGUGUGAGGUCCGCAAGGGCAACAGACGGGCACAGAAGAUACAGGGAGAGCUGAAGAAUCUUAAGUCCAAAGUGUUUGGUUUGGAGAAUGAAUUGAGACUCUGUUGAGGUCUACUUUUGGAAAUGGCCCAUCUGGAAGAGGUCUGCUUUCUGAAACCUGAGAAAAAGGUCUUCUUCCCCGAGAAGGUGUGGACAUAGAGUUGAGUAGAGUAGUGGUAUCCAUAAUUAGGAAGACAGGGUGAAGAAUCAGGGACCAGUAAGAAAACUUUUCUUGCAAAUUUUGCUGUCCUGGUAACCUUUUUAUUUUUUGUGUGUGGGGGUGGUGGUGGUUAUAAUGUGAAUUACUUACAAGUUUUCCUACCUUUUCUCCCAUUUAUAUGGACAGUUGUGUUUUUGUUUUUUAAAAGAAAGUGAUGAAAACUUAGGAAGAAGGUAUUUUUACUGUGGGCUUGGCAAGUUGUCAGUGAGAGGGACACCUCUCAGGAGAUGAAGACACCCAAUGAGGUUGCCUUUCUCCUACGCAGAGGGAAAAGGCAGCAAAUCACAACUUGUCAAAUUUGAAUAGGCAGUAAUUCUGCUAUUUCACUGUGUUCAGUCACCAAGUUUAAGACCUGAAUGACCUUUUUGGAGCACCCAAUCUCAGGAAAUUUCACCAGAGGGCACUAGAGACCCUAUUCUCAAAAAUGUUUUUAAUCUAGAAAAAUAAAGGUACACCUUUGGCAAGAGUGA